AUGAGAGUGAAGUGACAGCCAUAAUAGCAUUGUUUACAGUGAAAAGUAACGGCGUCUGACAAUGACUCGUUCGUAUGUUUUUUUUUAAUACACAAGGCGAUUGGCGUCAAUGUUGUUUAUGUUCAAAUUUGUGGUUUCUUAAUUUUUCUUGAGAUUAAUUUGGUUUUCAUGAUGAGCGUUGAACUGUGGUUUGACACCGACAGUGAAGAUGAGGAGGAGUACGCCAAUCUCGCGGCAGAACGUCGAAGAAUAAGAGAUUAUUCUGAUCCGCUGGAUCAAACCGAAAAAUCGUUCAGAAAGUUCUUCCGAGUGUCAAAGGACAUUUUCUUAUAUCUUCUGGACAUAGUUGACACGAAACUGAAUCCAUCGUAUCAAUCUACGGCAGUUCCUCCGAUGAUUAUGCUGGCAGCUUGUCUAAGGUUUUUCGCCGAAGGCAAUUACCAAAAAGGUGUUGGGAAUGACCGGUUUAUUGGGUUGGCGCAACCAACAAUGUCAAAAGUAUUGCAACUGGUUCUGGACAUAAUUGAGAAAGAUGUGUGUCCUCUCGUAAUCCGUUUUCCAAACGAAGAGCGAGAAAAGGAUGAAAUAAAGCUGGGCUUUUACGAAAAAACAGGAUACCCUGGUGUCAUCGGUUGCGUAGAUGGCACCCACAUAAGCAUCAUAACUCCAGCACACGACAAGCACCUAUUUUACAAUCGUAAAGGUUAUUACAGUCUAAACGUGAUGUUGGUUUGUGACCACAAUUUGAUGAUUCGAUAUUUGGAUGCUAACCACCCGGGUUCCUCGCACGAUUCUUUUGUUUGGAACGGCAGCUUUUUGAAUCGGUUGCUUCAACAAAACUAUGAGAACGGAGAACGAAACUGCUGGCUACUAGGAGAUGCUGGUUAUCCCUUGACUCCUUUUCUCAUCACUCCCUUUCGCACUGGUGGAAACAUCACUGAAAGAGAGACCAGGUUCAACGACAUGCAUUCAAAAACACGAAUUACGGUAGAAAGAUCAAUUGGAGUAGCCAAGAACACAUUUCGAUGCUUAUUGAAGGACAGACAGCUACAUUACAAGCCAGCAAAAGCUACACAGAUAAUCAAUGUCUGCAUUGCACUUCACAAUCUACGCAUCAAACAUAAGAUGGACUAUGACGAACCAGAUCUUUCCGAUGAAGAAGAGGUGGAGUUUCAAGGUAUUGGCGAGAAUCAUGAGAAUGCGGUUAGAAUUAGAGAAGAAAUAAUGAAUAAUAUCUUGUAAACAGUUCUAUUCCUGGAAAUCUACCUUGAAUUAACAUCAUUACAGGUUAAUAAAACAUCUUCAAAACAAGAGCGUUAGUAGAAAAUGCAAAACAAAACAUUUAUUAUUUCUCAUUUAUGUUCUUGUUCCUGAAAUACUCAUUUUUGGAAUACAUUCUUCCAAAUAUUUAUACAUAAUGACGCCUGAAGUCAUUCAUCCCAACGAUCAUCUUGUUGCAUCUCCUCCUCGUGGCCAACAUCUUCGGGUGACGCGCUAGCUGUUUGUCCCAUCUGCAAAUCCAGCUUUCGCUUUUUGAGUUCCAAUGUUUUCAACUUUAGCUGCAGAUGUUGUUCUCGCUGUUUAAGCUCUUCCAGACGCAUUUGUUUCUCAAACUGAAACUUCUCCACAUCCAAGCUUAAACGCUUUUCUUCUACGGCACAACGUUGUUGAUGAAUGGCAAAAGACUUACGCGCAUAUCGGGCACAGUCC